AUGUCGAAGCAACGCGCGCGGGCUCUCCAACCUCCAAUUCCUGCCCCCAAAUCCCAACGCCCGCCGCCACACCCUCUCCUCAAGAUGCGCGACGUCCUCAAGACCGAAGAGCUCACGAUCCCCGACGGCGUCGACGUCACCGUCAAGUCGCGCAUUAUCACCGUCAGCGGGCCGCGGGGGACGCUCACGAAGAAUAUCCGGCAUGUGAACAUGGACGUCCGCCUGCUCAAGGGCAAGACCAAUAAGGUCACCCUCGCCGUCUGGCAGGGCGGCCGCAAGCACGUCGCAUGCUUGCGCACCAUCAAGUCUCUCAUCGAGAACUUGAUCACCGGCGUUACAAAGGGCUUCCUGUACAAAAUGCGCGCCGUCUAUGCCCAUUUCCCCAUCAACUGCAUCAUCCAGGACGGUGGAAAGGCUCUGGAGAUCCGGAAUUUCUUGGGGGAGAAGACCGUUCGCCACGUUCAGAUGCUCGACGGAGUGACCAUCUCGGAGAGCAAGACGCAGAAGGACGAGCUCAUCCUCGAGGGCGCGGACGUCCAGAACGUCUCCCAGUCUGCUGCCUCUAUCCAGGGCAUGUGCCGCGUACGCAACAAGGAUAUCCGUAAGUUCUUGGACGGCAUCUACGUGUCGGACAAGACGACGGUCCUUACGGAGUAG